AUGACAGAAGCUGUAGUUGAAAAGUUGGCAAACAUUAAGGCGUUAGUGCUUGAUGCUACUCCACUCAUCACCCAACCUGCAACUGCUCUUCAGCAACAUGCUCAGACGUUUUAUACUACACCUGGAGUUCAUGGAGAAUUGAAAGAUGAGCAUGCCAGACAGCAGUUGAUCUUAUGGGGGGACAAGCUUAAGAUCAGACACCCAAAGCCUGAGUCCAUUCAAAAGGUUAGUAGUUUUGCCAAGUUGACAGGUGACUAUGCUGUCUUGUCUAUUAACGAUAUUCACAUCAUUGCACUUGCCUAUGAAUUGGAGAUUGAGUUGAAUAAUGGUCCUUGGAGAUUGAGAAAGUAUCCAGGUGAAAAGUUAGAGUACAAGAAGAAAACUCCUGUAGUCGAGGAAACCAAGGAAGAAACAGUCGGGGGAGAAGAUAAAGAAGAAGUCAAAGAAGAAAUCAAAGCUCCUGUUGUUACUGAAGAGAGUACCGAGGAACCCAAGAAGGCUAAGAAACCACGUCGUAGAGGUGGAAAGAGACAGAGAGAGAAGAGAGAAGCCGAAUUACAGAAGGCUCUAGAUGAAGAAUCUGAAGAAACUACCCCAGAGGUCGAAGAAACUAAGACAGAAGAACAACCUGCCGAAUCAACUACAAACGAAACCACUCAAGACAAUUCUGAACAAAUAGAUGAAAUUAAAGAAAAUCAUCUUGAAGAAGAUUAUGAAGAAGAAGAUGACGAUGGAGAAUGGAUCACUCCAGAGAACUUGAUGGAAGAAAUAAUGAAGGAUAACAGUGAGCAGAUUCAGGAAAGAACAUCCACUAGUAAGUCUGAGCCUUUCAUCAAAGUAGCACUUUCCACCGGAGAUUUUGCCUGUCAGAAUGUAGCCAUGCAGAUUGGUCUUAACUUGAUGAAUCCAUCGUCUGGUAAACAGAUCAAGAGAGUUCGUAACUACAUGUACAGAUGUCAUGCCUGUUUCCGUUUAACACCUAUUCCUAAGAACGGGACGCCUAAGCAUUUCUGUCCCAAGUGUGGUGGUAAUACGUUGUUGAGGUGUGCAGUUUCGGUGGACAACAUUACAGGAAGAAUCACCCCACACUUGAAGGCUAACUUCCAGUGGAUCAAGAGAGGAGAAAAGUUUAGUUUGCCAUCUCCAUUGAGUAAGAACCAGCAGAGAUUGGCUGGUAACGGUGGAUACCAACACAACAAAGAAAACCGUCACAAGUCGUUGCAAAACCCAUUGAUAUUGAGAGAAGACCAGAAGGAGUAUCAGAAGGCUCUCAAAGAUGAUGACUGGCAGAGAAGACAACAAGAGAAGUUGUUGGAAGAAUGGAUUGGAGGCGGAAGUGCCGACAACUUUGUUUCUCCAUUUAGCAGUGUCAAUUCGGGAAGACAUUCUGGUGUGAAGGUUGGUCGUGGCCGUUACGUCAACUCAUCCAGAGGAAAGAGAAAGUAG